CACUACUCCAAACAGUUCCUGGCUCCGAUUGCAAUACUGUGGCGCUGCGUUGCAAGUCAUGAUACUCUCCAACUAUUCACUUUGCAGGGGGUCACACAGCUUCUAUAAAGGGAGUCUGGAAGCCACAUAAGGAAUAAUCUCCUUUGGGGUGCUCCUCUCAUUUCAGGACCAUGGAAACACUGGUGUGGAAGGUCUUGCUGGAGGACAUGCUAACAUCCACGUCCAGUUUGACGGUGGUGCUCUGCGUUGUCGUGGUGAUCCUGCUGGCCCUGAGGGGCAGGGACUGCGGCGUCCCCGACGGGCAGAGCCCGCAGCGGCCCCCGGGGCCCACCCCCUGGCCCCUGGUGGGGAACCUCUUCCAGCUGGGGGACCAGAUGCACCUGUCCCUGACCGGCAUGCGGGCCGAGUACGGGGACGUCUUCCGCGUGAAGAUGGGCUCCCUGGAGGUGGUGGUGCUGAGCGGCUACGGAACCAUCCGGAAGGCCCUGGUGCGGCAGGGCGAGGCCUUCGCCGGGCGGCCCGACCUCUUCACCUUCUCCGCCGUGGCCAACGGCACCAGCAUGACCUUCAGCGAGAAGUACGGCGAGGCCUGGGUCAGCCACAAGAGGAUCUGCCGGAACGCCCUGCGCUCCUUCUCCCAGGCGGAGGCCCGGGACUCCUCCUGCUCCUGCCUGCUGGAGGAGCACGUGCGGGCCGAGGCUCUGAGGAUGGUGGAGGAUCUCCGGGGCAACGGCGGGGGCGAGGGCGCGGAUCCCGCCGUACCGCUGGUCACGUCCGUCGCCAACGUGGUGUGCGCGCUCUGCUUCGGCAAGCGCUACGACCGCGACGACAAGGACUUCCUCAGCAUCGUCCAAAUCAACAACGAGGUGCAGCGCAUCUUCGCCUCGGGGAACCUGGCCGACUUCUUUCCCGUGUUUCGCUACCUGCCCAGCCCUUCCCUCCGCAAGAUGGUCCAGUACAUACACAGGAUGAACAGCUUCAUGGAGAGGAACAUCCAGGAGCAUCUCACCACCUUUAACAAGAGCUGUAUCCGCGACAUCACGGAUGCCCUGAUCGCACUUUGUGAGGACAGGCAGGAGGACAGACAGACCGACAUGCUCACCAACAGUCAGAUAGUGCACUCUGUCAUCGACAUUUUUGGGGCAGGAUUUGACACCAUCAUAGCAGGUUUACAGUGGAGUCUGCUCUACCUUAUAAAGUUCCCUGACAUCCAGGCUAAAAUUAAUCAGGAAAUAGGUGAGAAGAUUGGCUCCGACAGACUGCCGAGGUUUGAGGACAAACCCAACAUGCCCUUAACGGAGGCUUUUAUAUAUGAAGUAUUCAGACACGCGUCGUAUGUUCCCUUCACAAUACCGCACUGCACCACAGACAACAGUGUCCUGAAUGGAUAUUUUAUUCCCAAAGACACCUGCAUUUUCAUCAACCAGUAUCAAGUGAACCAUGACACAGACUUAUGGGGUGAUCCUGGCUCGUUCCGGCCUGAGAGGUUUCUAGAUGGCUCUGGGCAUCUGAACAAGGACUUGACAGAAAAGGUGAUGAUAUUUGGGAUGGGUAAGAGGCGAUGCCUCGGUGACAACUUCGCCCGGCUGGAGAUGUUCAUCUUCCUCACCACGCUUCUUCACCACCUCCAGAUUGAAAAUGUGCCAGGCCAGGAGCUCGACCUCGCUGCCGAGUUUGGCCUGACCAUGAAACCCAAGCCAUAUAAGAUUGCGGUCUUGCCACGCCGUUAGCGCCAUAGCCUUCUCUCAUCAGGGUUAGCAUAAUAGCCUUCCUCUCACUAGCAUUAGCAUCAUAGCCUUCCCUCACCAGGGUUAGCAUAAUAGCCUUCCUCUCUCUAGCAUUAGCGCCAUAGCCAUCUGUCAACAAUGUUAGCAUAAUAGCCUUCCACUCACUAGCAUUAGCGCCAUAGCCAUCUGUCAACAAUGUUAGCAUAAUAGCCUUCCACUCACUAGCAUUAGCGCCAUAGCCAUCUCUCAGCAGUGUUAGCAUAAUAGCCUUCCACUCACUAGCAUAAGCGCCAUAGCCAUAUGUGCAUUAUAAACAAAAAGGAGGGCCCAAGAGAACAAUUUAUGAAGUAUAUUAAGUAUGAUUCCUUAAUAAUGUAUAUUUAAUGCCUUUAUGAGGAGUUGCACAAGUGCUUUCAUGAGCAAUUUCUACUUUGCAAAACUUCUUGACAGUUUCCCAGAAAGAAACGCCUAAAUGUAUCUAACAGGAGUUCAUUACAUUGAAACAUUCACAUAUUUUUUUUUUCCCGAGAUGGAUAAGUGCACAGGGAACAUUGCGUAUCCUUAGCAAUGAGUUCAGCGGGACAAUGCCUGUGCGUCGGGGACUGUGUUCUUAACUCCGGGAUUUAGGAACUGCCUUCGGCGUGUCUAAAGCUAUUAGCUUAGCCAGUCUCCGCGCUAGCCGUCCUGCUCUCCUGUCAUGACAGAUUCUGUACGUCUUAAUUAUCUCCCCUCCUCCGGGCGCUGCAAUUAGAAUUAGUCUCUGUGUUUAAAAGGCCUUUUUACAAGUCUUACAAAACAAGACCGCGAGGGGGGGGGGGAAUGAAACGGGGAACGAGAGAAAUUGGGCUGAGAUAAAUAAAUUGGAAAAGCGAUGCGUGGUGGGAGAUUUGGGCCGGAACUAAACGCCGUGACGGAAUUUCAUUAAAUUAGACGGGAUAUCUUGAUGAGUUAAUCAAGCUCUGAGAGCCGGCAUGAAUUCGGCUGGCUCCUUCGCGGCGGAUUUUUGGCACGGGCCCGUCCCCUAUGGAGCCGGUAGCUAGGCACAGAGAGAGAGAGAGAGUUUGGG